GUUCGUUCUAUCGUGCAUGCGGCCGCUCAAGGUGCUCCUGGAGCUCGAGUCUCAACGAACAGUGAUGCCUGCGAAGAAGUGCCUCCACGGCACGUGAGUCGAGAGAGUGGAGCGACAGAGCACAGGAAGGAUUUCGAGCAUGGUGAAAAUUCAGUUUCAAAAUCUUGCUUUGGCAAUGUUGGGCAGACGAAACUAAUUCAGAAAGUGGAGCAUGAAACUGCACAGCACUCGCGUGGAACGACGGCCUCUUCGCGAAGUACGAAAAGCUUUGCGAAUAAGAGACCUCUGGAACAACAUCAACAAUGGAGCAGAUCAGCACCUACAAACGGUAAGAACAAGAGUCGCACUCGCGAUGCGCAUAAUAUAGCGGGACCAACACAGGAGUCAUACGAUGCGCGUGGUGGGAGAAAGGAGUUUCCCGGAAGCGACAGCCUAGACGUGUUAGCGAGCGGCAGCCCUCGAAAUAAGGAUGCGGUCUUAGCAGCAGCUCAGCGCUUAGCCGAGGUGCCGGGCCUUUUUCGAGGGAACUCUGCGAAGAAGGCUGAGGGUGGGUGGCUCUACGUCGUUGCGCUAGAAGGCCUCUACCGUUCGGAGAUUCCGUGGCAAGAAAGCAUCAAUUAUGACUGCGAAAGAUGAUGCAUUACAUCACUACUUGCCGCGUAUUCUUCAAGGUGAUCCUACUUCUUGGUCCCAAUCUCGCAGGUAAUAACAUUUUUUACUUUUCUCGCACGGUCGAAGAACCACGACCUCCACAGCAUUUAUUACAAACUUCUCAUAAAGAAGGACUCUUCUUAUUUCGACAGUGUUGUGGCUUCUUUCAGUUUUGAAGGUUGACAGUAUUUUAAAUUAUAGGUCAUAGAAGUUUUUUCAGAGAAUGAAAAUUAACCUAGUGGAUGUUGGGAAGCGUGCUGGCUCUAACUUUGGGUCUUCCACAAACUGGAACGCGUAUGUCCAUUCGCGGCCGGUCGCGCACCGCUAAACGCCCUCCUAAAGUUAUGUGAUCGAAAAACACGAUUUAGCCUUGUCACGAAAAAAUAGAAAUUUUCCAUGUAGUCAUGCCUGACUCCUGCCGCGAAUGCUUGUCCCUCAUGAGAGCGACUCGAGCAGUACGAAAUCCCUUAACAAGCUCUAAAAAAACAGUUACCCCUUCGUGCGAGUAUUGUUUUACUGCAAACACGAUUCGCAACGGAUCUCGGCAAGGACAUUGAAUCCUGGAUGUUUCAUCAUCCGGUUGAGAUACAAGACCCAUUGGAAGGUGGUAAAGACAAUCGAACAGCAGGCCUAGAAUUCCUUUAUGGCAGUUGUGCUGAAGAAAACAUCACGAUCGCUAGGAUAUCUUUUAUGUAGGGCGGGGUGGCGGACACAAUAAGCUAAACUAACGAGAACAAGAGGUUUCGAAUCCACUAUUCUAUCCUCUAGUGUGGCUAGAUCAAGUUCGUCGAAAGAUGCUACGAAAAAUCUCAAUCGUGCUCACAAGAACAGGGGAGAUCAGUAUUCUCUAAUACAAGUACAAGGGCGAAGCGUUCGAUUUGAAAGAGCAGCUUACAGCACGUGGCGUCCGCGAGCUCGAUGAAAAUGUGAAAAUUGAGCGAGCGCCAUACUUGGAUCCUACGCUGCCUCCAGCGGUCAAAGUACUUCCCGAUGCGGUAACGGUCUCCACUCUCCUCCAGAAGCUCGCAGCCUGCAUUCGUCUCUCCGAACGCUUCCGCAUCACUCGCUUCGUAGCAAUGAACGACAUGCCAGCCUCGUUCAAUGAUACCUGCGGAGCUCACUAUGGCUAGCAUUUGAGCGUCUUUUGUCUACAGUGAGGAGUAUCUCUAGUUUGCCGGGAAUAGCCUUCGAUUUUUGGUAGGGGAUCCUCCGCCACACUGAAUCAAAGACGUUAUAAUACCUGUUAAUAAAUAGGCACAUUCAUUUCUCACCUGUCAAAUGAGAACAGCGAUAAAGAAUCUCUAAGAAACAGUGCCAAUCUGGAAGCACGCGAUAGAACUCUUCGAAAAAUACAGCACUGGUAUGCGGGACAUGCGGACAGUGCUUUAAGAGAAGAAAAUUGAAUUAGAGGUCGUCAACGGGCGUUCAGCUCUAAUUGAUAUAUCAACCUGCUUCUUGUCAGACACAGCAAUCGAUUCUUAAAGUCAAUCCAUUAUUCUAAGUAAACCAGGUGGUGCGGUGUUUUUCAGCAUUGCAGUGGCAAGAGCUGGCUGCCUUUGCCGUGACAGUUCCGAACGCGGAUGCGCGAGUACGUGGAACUGUGAUGGAUGUGCUGGCCCGCGCUUGUCAGUUCACCCGCUUGCGCGCCUCGCUAGUUGCGUCGAAAGGAAGUGAUGAAAGCGAAACAAAUGCAGUCUCCUCGUCGAAAGGAGAUGAUUCUGUGGCGGCGUCGCUAGCAUCCUCACCCUCGUCAUCGUUCCCUGAAGCAGGGGGGAAAGGUGUUGAUAGCAUUGGCUCAUCAACACCAAAAAAGAGCGCGGAGUCCAGUAAUGCAGUGGCGUCGCGGUCUCCGGCGCAUCUGCGAUUGCGGUCCAUUCUAUAUGGUAAAGACACGGAUAAUACUCCUGUCCCUGCUGAGGAUGCGACGCCUUUGGGUGCCGCAUUGCGUGUGUUCGCACAAGCUCGUGCCGAUGGCAUGGCAACUACGGUGUUGUACAAUGCUCUCUUGCUAGCCCUGCGCAACAGCCAGGAGUGGGUUGCGUCGCUAGACUUGCUUUCCUACAUGCUCGUGGAAAAGGAAGAGCGACAAGCAGAGGAGUCCGGAAGCACUACUGCUUCAGAGGAGGUUCCCGCAGACAAAGUGUUAGCAGACAAAGUUUCUUUCGGUACCGUGAUGGCAGCAUUGCCGCCCACAGAGUGGGUGUUGGUGAUGAACCUUUUGAAGCGCAUGCAGGAGCUGAAGUACGAGAUUAACACACAGACGGCGUACGCAGUCCUGAACUGCCUCACUCAGGAAGUAAACCGGGAACGCCAAAGAAACGAGGACGUCGGUGACAGCUGGCAUAAUGUUUGGGAUGCAACUGCUGACAGCGAUACUGCGGAAUCUAGUACUAGUAGAAGUAGUAGUGUUCCUUCGAUUAGUGGUAAAGCAGGAUGGGACGGCGCAACGUUCGUGAUAUACGAGAUCGCUCCAACGAGGACAAGUACCGAAUUGAGCACGACAAGCAAGGGCGUUUUUUGGCAAAGUACUUCAUUGGAGGGGCCACCGCCCGAUGCAAGAGUACUACAGCUACCGAGACAUCUGAUGCCGCAAGCAAUACUGACGAGUAAAGUACGACUAUCGCAGCUUCUCUCCAAUUCUAGGAGUGAAGACAAGAAACAAAAUCAAGUAAGCGAGAAGAUUAUGGCUUGGAAGUUUGCCUGGGUUGGUCCAGACGAGCCUGACGCGACCACUGCAACACCCGAGGUACCCGCGGAUAUGGCAGUUCUUUCCGCGUCCUGUCUGCAGUUGGGCCGCAAGCUAAUCGAGGGCCCCUUUCACCCACAGAAAACGGGUGUUCCGUGGACCGAAGGACUAUUUCGCAAAGGCUUCGCUCUGCUGCUAGAGGACGCUACAGAUUUGUAUGAGAGGUGGGUCUUCUUGUUGUGUCGUGGUAAUGAUUCUCAUUUUUCUUUUUGGUUGACAGACAGCACCUUGUUCCAAUCUGUUGCUGAUCAAGAGGAAUUGCGAAUGGGUAGGUUGUACACCUCGUGCUGUGCAUUCAACUGCAACGGGCACAGACACGCUAUCCGCUUGCUAGUUGUGUCGAAUUACUUGAUUUAUAUGGCCGAUUGAAUUACCUUGUCUAAGAGACGUGAGAAACUAGUAGAACUGCAGAUUUCUGAGCCUUAUUAUUCUUAAUCUUUCUAACAUGUGACACAUCCCGGUUGGGUGAGUGCAGUGCGAUUGUGGCAGGCGCGAGAUAGGGGUGUGUUUCCACAAAAGACGUUCCUCCGAGACGAUGAGGAGUUGACCCCAGAAAUGCUGGAGGGUAAUUCUAGAAAUGCUUCACAGCGUUUUCGCCUAGACUUUCAUCCGGUGAAAAGUUGUCGCGACCGAUCCUACGACCCUAGUACGGUGAAGGUUUGCCUUUUCUGCAGCCUGGGCAAGCUGAAGAAAAAGUUGGACAAGCUGAAAAACGCGUCGAAGCUGCAAACUAAAGCAGGUGCAGGAGUAGUUCGAGGGGAUGUUGACCCGCAAAGUGAACGUAAACCACUUUCCGUUCGGAUUGUCACAGGAGCUGGCGAAAGCCGUCUACGUAAAGUCACAAUGGAAUUUUUGACGUCCGCUGGUCGCGCACUUGGCAUUCAAAACAUUCGGGGUGGCGGAGAUCCGGGAAGCAUUCUGGUCGACCUCUGAGCGAAACUCAAGGACGACUGAUUCUGGUAUCGACCCUCUGGGUUCCUGCAGCAUCAUGAUGUAACUCACAACAUGACGAUCUUUCAACAGAUUACCUUCCUGACCCAACGAGCCUGCAUAAGCAUUGAUAUGAGCGACGAUAUUCUACGUCCUGAAAAUCCAACUCGAGCAUGAGUCCAAAAUAAGCACACUACAAGGAAGCUACUCGCAAUAAAAGGAGCAGUUGGAGACACCGUGGUCAAGAUGAAAGGUCCUCACAGCGGCCCAGCACCUGGUGCGAUCUGGCUUUGACAAAAAAUAAUGAGACAGUUUUUAUCUGCAUCUGACACGGUGGCACAUUUAACGAAGCCUGGAAUGAGAUAUGAACAAUCUUCAAGGAAAUUACCUAAAAGUUUAUGCGCUAGUGCCCCCAAGUAUGGAUUUACACACACCUAGUGAGCACACGACUGUGCAGAUAUGUUAUGGAUAACAAGAAUUAGCAAGACGCGCGUGGUUGUAAAGGAUAUUUAUAAUACAUUGAAUUUUAGACUCACCUCUUUUACUCAGAAAUCACGUCACCCGAAGUGUUAGGCACAAGCCUAUGAGCGUUAGCCUAGUGCAGUGUUAUACUGCUGGAAGCGACGCGUCGAUUGUCUUUUGCAGUCUUGUAAGAGUUGAGUGUCCGGUCGUGACCGGAAUUUUGAUCGCAGACGGAUUUCGGACUGCUGCCUCUCAGGAGAUCAGUUGCAGUGAGAUUUUGGAGCUUACUUAGCGAAAACUUGUUGCUGACAAGAACGAAGACAGGCGUAACGAGAGAGGUUCUAAAACCCGUCAGAUACGCUUGGAACGGAGACCUCAUGGAUUCCUGGAGUGGAAACUCUACUACGAGGCUGAUGAAAUGGAAUGCAUACUUUGCAUGUACAUGUACUUUGUAAACUUACUUUGUAAAGCGGAUUUAAAAGUCAUGAGAGCAG